GGCCCGUUUAUAAAGCCACCCCACUUUUCCUGGGCAGCCUAGAGAACGAACAGACACUCUUCCACUAGAGACUACUGCGGCCAAAGGACUGACAUACAGACACUGACACCCUGAGCUCUCCCAUCAUGCUGCUGCUCCUACUUGCUGUUCUUUUGCAGGAUGCACAUGGAAUUGCCCUGGACCCAUGCUCCGCCUACAUCAGCCUGAACGAACCCUGGCGGAACACGGACCACCACGUCAAUCACUCGGCGGGCUUGCCCCUAUGCGACAACCACGUGGACGGCGAGUGGUACCGCUUCACGGGCAUGGCGGGCGACGCCAUGCCCACCUUCUGCAUUGCGGAGAACCACUGCGGCACGCACGCGCCCAUCUGGCUGAAUGGCAGCCACCCGCGCCCCGCGGACGGCAUCGUUACCCUACCUACAUGCGCCAGCUUCAACGACAACUGCUGCCAGUGGAACUCCACCGUGGACGUCAAGGCCUGCGCCGGUGGCUACUAUGUGUACCGGCUGCCACGCCCCGCGGUCUGCUUCCAUGUCUACUGCGGCCAUUUCUACGACAUCUGCGACGAAGUGGAGUGCAAGGGUCCAGACUGCCAGGAGCCGGACUGUCAAUGUGCCAGUGGGACCACCCUGGGGCCCGACGGACAGACCUGCCUGGAUGUGAAUGAAUGUGAGCAGGGUAACGGGGGAUGUGCGGAGGUGUGUGUGAACACCAAGGGCUCCCGGCGCUGUGAGUGUGGGCCUGGGCGAGUGCUGGACGAAGACGGGCGGAGCUGCAAAGAGGUCGAGGGGUGCCACGUCAAUAAUGGAGGCUGCAGCCAUGGCUGCUCUAUGCUGAGGGACUCCUUCGUGUGUCACUGUCCCCGAGGCCUGGAACUGGGGGAGGACCACCGCACCUGCCAGGUGCCAGUGCAGUGCAGUCCCAGCUCCAUAGAGGUAUCAGUGCCUAAGGACAUGGUGGGGGGCCUUGAUCUCUUCCUGUCCAACAACUCCUGCCGUGGUGUCUCCAACGGCACCCACGUCAACCUCAGCUUCAGCCUGAAGACCUGCGGGACUGUCGUGGAGGUUGUCAAAGACAAGAUCGUGGGGACUAACCUGGUGACGGGGCUGCCCAAAUCGAGCCCCGGCAGCAGCGGUGACAUCAUCGUGCGCACGAGCAAGCUGCUGCUCCCGGUGACGUGCGAGUUCCCCCGGCAGUACGAGGUGUCGGACGGCUACCUGCCCAGCCUGCGCAGCGCGGCCCUGGAGCUGGCUGGCCACAGCGAGGGGCUCUUCCCUUUCAGCCUGGAGCUCUUCAAGAGCGCUGAGUUCUCGGAGCCGUACCGCGCCCCGCCCCAGCUGCGGCUCCGCGACUCGCUCUUCUUCGGUGUGGAGCCUCAGGAGCGCAUCGACGGCCUCGCCGCCCUCGUCGAGAGCUGCUUCGCCACUCCCAGCGCCAAGGCCGACCAGGCGCUCAAAUAUUACCUCAUCAAGGAUGGAUGCAUCUCAGAUGAGACAGUGAGGCAGUACUCUGCUAAAGACCAGCUGUCCAAACACUUCCAGGUGCCUGUAUUCAAGUUUGUGGGCAAGGACAACCGGGAGGUGUUCCUGCACUGUCGGGUGCUGGUGUGUGGGAAGGGAGAUUCCCGCUGCUCGCAGGGCUGCCAGAGACGCUUGCGCCGGGAGGUGUGGACCAAUACACACCAGGACCAGCGCCUGCUGACCAGCGGCCCCAUCCGAAUCCUGCCAGACCCAUGACACACUCACUGAGGUUUAAAAGUCUUCACACACACACUCAUACACAUAUCUACAUUUACACAUGCACAUAUCACACUCACAAUCACUGAGGCAUAAAGUCUGCAAUCAAACAUACCCAGACAGUCAGACACACACACACACACACACACACGCACGCACACACAAGCUCCCAUUGUCCCCAUCACUCUGAUAUAUAUGCCCUUGUGUACAACGCUUGGCCGUUUUGCACAGCACCAAAGUUUACUCACAUUAAAGUGAUUGACAACUCCAUUAGAAAUCGUUUGGAAGGGAGCUUGUGGUUAAUUUGCUAGCGCUGCCAGAUGAGCAUUGUCACUCAAGCCCCUGGCUGCCAACAUUUCUCAAGCCUCAUUAUUGUUUGUGCUACACUUUUAGACUCACUAUAUAUCUGAAUUGGUUCCAUUUUUUAUGACAAUAUAGAGUAUGUGCAUGUAUACAUUGAUGCUUAUCGACAUUGAUGCUUAUUGACUACGUACCUGAAAACUAUAGAUUUUUACGAAGAUAAUAUAAAGUAUGUACAUGUAUACAUUGAUGUUAUUUUCUGUAUGACUUUAUUAAAUACCCCACAGUUAAAGUACUCCUACCAAAGUAUGCAAAGCACUGGCUUUUUGGCUGUACUGACAGAUAAAGAUGUAUGAAUGUAACUCUAUGGCAGCCUGUGAGUUCCAAACAGGGGAGGAUGAGAACUUACCUUGAACCUCAUAAUGGUCCUUUAUCAUGCUUUCCCAUGUUAAUAUGCACCACUCAUCAGCAGCUGAUUGCUUUCAACUUAAUUAUAACUCAUUUUAACAUAAAAUAUACAUUAUUACAUUGAAUAAUUGUAAUUACAACAAAGAGGUUGUAGAUCAUCGUAAUUAUCAAAGCAAUUAGAGUAUUUAACAAAUCACUUUUCCCUGUUAUAACUAAAAUGAUCACGUGCAAAGGCAGAGUUACAUCAUUAGAUGCAAUAAAGAUGAAUCAGCUGCUAAUGUGUGAUCCUUAUUUGAACCAGUAAGUUAAUCAUGCAAAACAAUAAAAAGCAGUUUCAGAAUAAUGAUCAAGUAUGGGUAAGUUCUCUGCCUGUCCUACAUGCAGAUCAGCAGGGCCUUAUGUAAGUAUGUGUUUGAUCUCAUUUUUUCUUUUUUUAACUCCUCAAU